GCGGGGGGCGGGGCCGAGAUAAGACUAUCCACACGGUUGAAUAAGCUCGACGCCUCUCGCAGCUGAUUGGUCGAAUCAUCGUCAUGACCCGCCUACUUUUGCGUCGCAAGCCUGCGAUUGGUUCAGAGCGCAAUCAGUCCCAAACUGGAAGAGGUGGUUCUGAGCUUUAUGAGACAGGAGAAGAGAUUCUGAUUCCUUUCCACUGCUAGAAGUUCAACCUCCAGCCGCUCCAACCUUCUCCUCCUCUGCUCCCACAAGCCCACCGACUCUCCUGCUGCAGACUCGCCAUGGCUUCCAAGAAAAACGCGAAAGUUCACGUCAAAUCCAAAGAUGGUGCUAAAAGCCAAUCAGCCAACAAGAACGGGAAGAAGGCCGACUCUGGCUCCAGCAGCAGCUUCUUCACCUGGUUCAUCGUCCUGGCCCUGCUGGGGGUCUGGACCUCAGUAGCCGUGGUCUACUUUGACCUGGUGGACUACCAGGGAGUCCUCGGUAAACUGGUGGCAUACGAUACAGAUGGCGAUGGUGAUUUUGAUGUCGAGGAUGCUAAAGUACUGCUAGGCCUGACCAGUGAGGGCGAUGGUCAGGGUGAAUCCAAGGUUCUGGAUUGGUUAGAAGAAGUGGAGGAGGGCAGCUCUGAUUGGUUAAAUGGUUUCUUCACUUUCCUGUACGGUCUGAUAAACCCCUUGGAGCCGCUGGAGGAGGAGGAGGAGCACAGAGCCUCAAGAGGACUCGUGGAGGCACAGGAGGAGGAGGACGAGGAGGACGAAGAUGAGACAGGAUUCAGAAAUAGAGGAGCGAAAGAUGAUGGAAAUCAGGGUCAGAAGAUCGUCAUAAUGAAAAACCUGCAGAAGCAGCCAGGAGAGGAGCUAAACAAGAAACGGUGUUGUUACUCAUCCAUCCCAGAAACCUCUCCGACCAAGGAUGUGGGCUGGAAGCUCCGAGAGGCUCUAAAGCAGCAGCUGGCCAUCAUUCACGAGCGCGUGGAGGCCAAGAAGCUGGCCAAGAUGGCUCUAGCUGAGGUCAGACAGCUCCUGGCCAAGGAGGAGGAGGAGAAGGAGCUGGAGCUAGGGAGGAAAGAGAUCACAGCCAGAGUGAAAGAGAGAGUGGCCAUCAGGCUAAAAGAGGAAGAGGAGAAGAUGGAGAAAGAAGAGAUGGAGAAGGCUCUGGUGAAGCUCAGCAAGGAAAAACAACUGGCAAAGGAAGAAAAAAGGGAAGAGGGCAAAGAGGAGCAAGAAGGGGAGAAGAAAUCAAAGAAAGGAGUUGAGAAAGAAGAGAAAAAGGUAGAGGGGGAGGAAGACAAGGGGAGAGGGAAAGAAUCUGCCAAAGAGAUAAGAACAAGGAUCAAAGCUGAGAAAUCUGAAAGAAGAGGCAGGCAACAUGUGCAUUCAUCUCAUGUAGGACUGAAAGAGAAGGCUGUUGUGGUCACGUCCCGUAGUGAAGAAGCUGCUGCACCACUGGAGACGCUCCGAGCUGAACCCACACCAGAAGCUGUUGUUGAGCCUGAGCCUGAACCUGAACCUGAAGCUGUACCUGUGGAGGAAGUGAUUGAAGCUGCUGUAGCAGAAGACAUUGCUGCACCGCCACCGCCACCACCAGAGGCUGAACCAGAGCUGGUGGAGACUGCCGAGGUGAUUGAGGAGGAUCCAGAGGUGCUCGAGGACGAGCCUGCCCCUGUGGAGGAGGAGGAGCCUGCCGCUGUGGAGGAGGAAGAUCUCCCAGUGGAGGAGGAAGAUGCCCCGGUGGAGGAAGAUGCCCCGGUGGAGGAGGCUCCUGUAGAGGAAGCUGUUCCAGUUGAGGAGGUUGCUGAGAUGGUGGCAGACCAGCCUGAGGAGGAGGAGCCUGCUGUGGAGGAGCCUGUAGCAGAGGUGGAGGCUGCAUUCGGAGAGGCAGAAGAGGUGGCUGAGGCUGCUGAUGAGGCAGAGGAGGAACCUGCUCAGGUGGAGCAGGAAGAGGAGGCUGCUGCUGAGGAGGAGCCAGAGGCCGAGGCCGAGGCCGUAGAGGAGGAAAGCGCUCCUGUGGAGGAAGCUGUUGAGGAAGCUGCUGAAGAGGAGGAAGCUGUCGAAGAGGAGGCUGCAGCUCCUUCAGAGGAGCCCGCUGAAGAGGAGGCGGCACCUGCAGAGGAAGCUGUCGAGGAGGAGGUGCAAGAAGAAGAAGAGGCAGCUCCUGCUGAGGAAGCAGCAACAGAAGAGGCAGCUCCAGCAGAAGACGCAGCGGAGGAGGAGGAGGCAGCACCUGUUGAGGAGUCAGCUGAAGAAGAGGAGGCCGCUCCUUCAGAAGAGGCUGUGGAGGAGGUGGCAGCAGCAGAAGAGGAGGAGGCAGCACAGUCAGACGAACCUGUUGAGUUGGCUGAAGAAGAGGAGGCUGCUCCUUCAGAAGAGGCUGUGGAGGAGGCACAGGAAGAGGAGGAGACGGCACCUUUAGACGAAGCUGAAGAGGAGGAGGCUGCUCCUUCAGAAGAGGCAGUUGAGGAGGCAGCGGAAGAGGAGGCAGCUCCCGUAGAGGAGGCAGUAGAGGAGGCAGCAGACACAGAGGCAACUCCAGAAGAAGUAGAGGAGCAGACAGAAACAGUCACAGAAGAAGAAGUAGCACACGAAGAAGAGGAGGCAGCAGAAGAAGCAGCAGAGUUUGCUGAGACAGAGGAACAGAUUCAGGAUGAGCCCACAGAAACGUAGAGGCUGCUGCAGUCGCCGUGGUGACGGAGCAGGGACCCACUGAGCUACAUCAGCACCAAUCUGAGCAUGCUCAGAGCCGUGAUGCAGCUCUCCACCUCCAGAGAAACAAUGGUUCUACCAACACACUCUCCCAUCUGUCUGCCCCUCCCUCUCUCUUUUCACACCUUCCUUUUUAAUUUUUCUUUCGGUGUAAAUGUGAGCUAAUGGAUGAAUUGUUUACUUUGGUACUUCCUGUUUUUACCAUUCUUGUUUUUCUUUGAAUCACCAUUCCUUUUUUGUUAAGUAGAGCACCUAUUUCCUUUUUUUUUUUUUUUUGUGUUCAGAGUGAGUUAUCUCUCUGUGACUGUGGCCACAUGGUCCGGCCAUGUGAACUGUAAAUGUGCUCUACUUGUAGCCAGUCUACCGGAGUCUUCUUAUCUGCAAGAGCUGUGUCAUUAAACUGGUGUGGAACUUUG